AUGGCACAAAAUACAAAAGCUCUCCUUGAAAUCAUUUUGCACAUGUUUGUGAACAGCGGAAGCCCGGCCGAGCGAGCUGGUCUGCAAGCAGGCGACGCUGUCAUCAAGGUGAAUAACACAGACGUCUAUAAUCUGAGACACAAGGACGCGCAAGACGCCAUCGUGCGCGCCGGACAAUCCUUUGAGGUGACAGUACAAAGAGGAGGCUCAACAUGGCAACCACAAGUAGUACCAACUGGAGUUGCUCCAAAGCCAUCACCAUUAGGUUCUUAUGUGUCACCAGUGACCAAAACUUCUUUGGCCGCCAAACCCCAGGACCCAAUGCACAUCGGAUCCGGACACAACAAUAAGGCUAAACCAUUUGCAAGUUUAAAUGGAACCGGCCCCAAGAACUUAGUAAAUAAACAAUACAACACUCCAUUGAAUAUCUAUAGUGAGCAAACUAUCAAGGAAACAUUAGACAAACACUCUGAAGUGCUCGAAACCGGUGUAGUAGGAGUGAACUUUAAGAAAAACGAAAAAAUCUAUAAUGCAGCAAAUAGUGAGGUGUUCAAAAUGCUACAGGAAGCUGAUAACGAACCCGAAAAAGUAGCCCCGAUUAGUCCAGUGCAUGUCACAGCUCCCUCUUCGGAUCAUUCUCACCAGCCUAUGGCGUCCCCGGCCGCACCAGUUUCUGGAUUGCGUCACGUGUCGGCUCCAGUCGAUCGCCCCGCGACAAACAACACCGGCGGUCUGCCGGCCGGGCAGAAUAUCUGCGCUGAUUGUGAAAGACUCAUCGUGGGUGUGUUCGUGCGCAUAAAGGACAAGAACUUACAUGUUGAAUGUUUUAAAUGUGCAACUUGUGGUACGAAUUUGAAGAACCAGGGAUAUUACACCAUUCAUAAUAAAUUAUAUUGCGAUAUUCACGCCAAGCUCGUUGCUCGCCAAAAUCCACCAGCUGGUACCGAAGGAUGCAUUCCAUUCACCGUGCCACCCGGCGGAAAAAUUCCGGUGAGCGCUAUCUCCGCAGCUCUGGCUGCCCACUCGUCUCAUCCACUUAAUGGAGGUAUGGCACCACCUAAGGACCAAGCACCCUCUACCCCGGGAUAUGCACCAGUUUCAGCACCAAAAGGACGUCCGCCCUUAGCGUAG